UACAAUUUCUAAAAUGAAUUUUAGAAAAAAUCAUUUUUGCUAUUAUUUUUUCUCAGCGUUUUAAAAAAUGAUCAAGGACACCAGAAGAGUAAAGCAAGGCGAAGGACGCCGAAACGCCAGCCCACGAGACAACAGAACAGUUUCUACAAUAAACCGCAAUUAUCUAUGCUCUUGUCGCGCGUUGAUUAAAUUAAUGGAAAUUGUUACUCUUAUCAUCGCCAUGUUGUGUAUGGUCCAUUAUGAUGCCUUCUGGACAAGGUACCCCACCAAUAUGGUGCUGUUUUACGUCGUGGUUUGUAUAUCUUGGAUCCUUCAGUUGGCCUUCUUUGUUUUGAUGGUUUUGUCGCUGGAGGAAAGACUUCCUGGCUAUGACUGGGAUCUUUGGGUCGUUCUGAGUGGAGUCUUGGAGGCAGUUCUACUGAUCUCGACAGCCAGUCUACUCACGAGCGACGUUCUACGCCACAGGAGAUUGGAAUGGAAAGGAGAAGAUCUGACAGACGAAAUCAAGCAUUACUUGAACAGUCUUAUUGCUACAGUG